GUUAGUUAGUUGGCAACUGUUGCUGCGCGGUUUUUUUUGGCGGCGUUGAAGUGGAAGAUAGAAUGUCAAGUUGCAGUCUUUGAACUCGUUAGUUUGUGUGGCCCGGUCGUUUUAGGCCACAUUAAAUUAAGGCAUAGCCCCAAGACAGAGAGCGAGCAAGGAAGAGAAAAGAUAAAUCUUCCACUGCUAAUUAAACCUAGAUGUUUGAAAUGAAAGAGGUUUACCCAGCUGUUCAGAGGCCUCUACAAAUGAUGUUUAAAUGUGAAGACAGCAGUAAUGUCAACGAAGGGGAGAGUCCCACUUUGCACAGUAGUCUCCAUUUCUCCUACACCAUGGAGAAGAGAGGUCUGUACAUUAAGGAAGAAGAUUGCGAGUGGGAAUCCCUUGCCAUUAAAGAAGACUCUGAGGAGAUGUCUGACAGCACAGAUUUGAAAUUUGAAAUUUUAAGUUGCGUCAAGGAAGAGGACAUUAAAACAGAGUAUAUAUGUCCAGAUGAAGAUGUAACAGGGUUAGACUCUUGCCUGAGUGGACAUGGCUACCUACAGGAUCAUUCUGUCCCUAUAAAGUUGGAAUCUUUGGACUGUGAAAUUAAAGAGAAAGCAUCAUGUUCAACUUACUCUGGAGAAGAUUUCCAGAAGUAUGGAGGUUUCCCUCUGUCUUCAUUUCCUCAGACCCCUUUACACCUGACACCACAUGAUGAAAAUGUAAAGGAAUCAACCUCCGGAUCAGAGAGUUCAAUUGUGACAUCUCUCCAGUAUACUACUUUGCCUGUUAUGAAUGCACCAUACUGCUGUUCAGAAUGUGGCAAGCAAUUUUCACUUAAAAGAAAUUUAAAGAGGCACACAAAAAUUCACACAGGAGAGAAAUCUCACUGCUGUUCUGAAUGUGGCAAACAAUUCUCCAGUAAUAGCAGUCUUCAGAUACACACAAGAAUUCACACUGGAGAGAAGCCAUAUUCCUGUUCUGAAUGUGGCAAGCGAUUCUCCCUCAAGAGCAGUCUUCAGAGCCAUACCAGGAUUCAUACAGGAGAGAAACCAUACUGCUGCACUGAAUGUGGCAAACGAUUCUCUGUGAUGAGCAGUCUUCGGAAACAUGAGAAAACUCACACUGGGGAGAAACCAUACUGUUGUACAAAAUGUGGAAAUCGAUUCUCACAAAUUAGCAGCCUUCAUAGCCACACAAGAAUUCACACAGGAGAGAAGCCGUAUUCUUGUUCUGAAUGUGGCAAACGGUUCUCCCAAAUGAGCAAUCUUCAUAGUCACAAGAGAGUUCACAUUGUUGAGAAGCCCUGCUGCUGUUUUGAAUGUGGCAAACGAUUUGCCAGCAAUAGCAGCCUUCAGCAACAUGCGAGAAUUCACACUGGGGAGAAAUCGUAUUGCUGCUCUGAAUGUGGCAAGCGGUUUUUUGAAAAAAGCAAUCUUAGGUUGCAUAUAAGAAUUCACACUGGAGAGAAACCAUAUGCAUGUUCAGAAUGUGGAAAACGAUUCUCAGACAGUAGUACUCUUCAAAGACACAUGAGAGUUCAUACUGGAGAAAAGCCAUAUUGCUGUUCUGAAUGUGGAAAGCAAUUUUCACUUAUAAGCAGUCUCUUGAGUCAUACAAGAAUUCAUACCGGAGAGAAACCAUAUAGCUGUUCAGAAUGUGAUAAACGGUUUUCACGUAUAAGCAGUCUUCAGAGACAUACAAGGACGCACACUGGAGAGAAGCCAUAUAGCUGUCCUGAAUGUGGCAAACAGUUUUCUCAAAAAAGCCAUCUUCACCUUCAUACCAGAACUCAUACUGGGGAGAAACCUCAUUACUGUUCUGAAUGUGGCAAACAGUUCUCACGGAAGAGCAGUCUUCGGAACCAUGUAAAAGUUCACUCUGGAGAAACCCAACAGUUAACAGAUUCUAGUAUAAUGCAUCAAAGCCUGACACUUGAACACACAGUCUAUGAGAACCCGUCCUGGGACACCAUCUUGGCCAGCCACUUUGUGUACAUUGAUAUUCCAGAAUGUGCGUAUAACAACCGCAGAUUGUCUAAUAUAUAUGCAACAAUGGAGGCAUUCCAGGCUGACAGCUAUGCUAUGGAAGAAAAAACUUUGCAUAUUAAAGAGGAGGACUCUGGAUGGGAGUCUGCCCACUAUAACCAGGCAAGACUUCACCUUAAGGAGGAGGCGCAUGAGUGGGAGUUGACGGAUAUUACGGAAAGUUCUGAAAAUAAUUGUCUCAUUAUGGGCAUCCAGAAACAUGAAAUUAUUAACAUCAAGCAAAGCGACCUCAGCUUAGAGUCUGCCUUUGAGUAUGGAUGUCAAGAUGGAGUGGCAAUCGGGGUCUCCACUUGGAGUGAGAAUUCCAUCAGUGUGAAGUCUGAAUCAGUAAUGUCCGAUGUAAGAAGGACUGUGGAGAUGUCAUCCCAGCGAACUCUGAAAGAGGAACCAACAUCUACAAGUCCUUCAGAAGAAAAGUUUCAAGAGAGUGACAGCUUCUCCCCAUCUUCAUUUAUUCAGAGCAGUCCACAACUGGCAAUGCAUGAUGAAAAUACGAAGAAAUCUGAAUCGGAGAGUUUGCUACCAGCCUCUUUGAAGAAUGGUUCAAUGCCUGGUAUGAAACUGAUAUGGACAGAUGCCUCUGGCAGCCAUCAACGGGAGCAGAACACGAGUCUGGUGUCUUUGUAUAUCUGCCAGGAGCAGGGGAAAAGUUUUAAAGGUACAUCUAAUUAUGAAGACCAUCAGUGGAAUCAUGAGAAGCAAAGGCCAUAUUGCUGUUCUGAAUGUGGUAAAAGAUUCACCCACAGUAGCAGUCUGCGGGUACACACAAGAAUUCACACUGGUGAAAGACCAUACUGCUGCUCCGAAUGCGGCAAACGAUUCCCAGACAGUAGCCGCUUUCAGAGACAUAAUAGAAUUCACACUGGGGAGAAGCCAUAUUGCUGCUCUGAGUGUGGUAAAAGAUUCUCUGAUGGGAGCCGUUUUCAGAGACAUAAUAGAAUUCACACUGGCGAGAGGCCUUAUUGUUGUUCUGAAUGUGGUAAACGGUUCAUUAGCAGCAGCAAUCUUCAGGCGCACUUGAGAAUUCACACUGGGGAGAAACCAUAUUGCUGUCCUGAAUGUGGGAAACUAUUUUCCACCUUUCGGCAUCUUCAGACCCACACAAGAAUUCACACGGGAGAGAAGCCGUACUGCUGCCCGGAAUGUUCUAAACGAUUUUCUGACCAUACCAGUCUUCGGAGACACAGCAGAAUUCACACUGGUGAGAAACCCUAUUGCUGUCCGGAAUGCAGCAAACUCUUCUCACAGUUGAGUACUUUGCAGACCCACAAAAAAAUUCACACUGGAGAGAAACCGUAUUGCUGUUCUGAAUGUGGAAAACGCUUCUCUGACCAAAACAGACUUCAGAAACACACAAAGAUUCACCAGGUUGAGGAAGUUUAAGAGGAUGAUGUGUUGGGGGGGCAUGUGCAGUGCUUCAACGGCACUUUUCAUUUUUGAUGAGUGUUUACAGGUGGUGGGCUUUGUUAAAAUGCUAGGCAUAUUUGUUCCAUACCAUGCCCAAUCUCCCCUGUUGGCCUGCACUUACGCUGUGCCUAAUGUUCUGGGCCUGCUUUCGUCAUGACCAUGCAGCUUCGUGUAAAGCCAAAACACGUUGUGAACACGGAGUGACAGCAUGCAUGUCCCAAUGAUUUUACUUAUUUUGUGGUUGCUUUGGAGUCAUGUAGAGCAGAAUAACCCUCUACCCUGUUACAGAUUUAUUGAGUGUGCAGUACAGUGUUUUGCUGUUGUUUGUGCUGCACAUACAGUUGUGCUUGAAAGUUUGUGAACCCUUUAGAAUUUUCUAUAUUUCUGCAUAAAUAUGACCUAAAACAUCAUUAGAUUUUCACUCAAGUCCUAAAAGUAGAUAAAGAGAAACCAGUUAAACAAAUGAGACAAAAAUAUUAUACGUGGUCAUUUAUUUAUUGAGGAAAAUGAUCAAAUAUUACAUAUUUGUGAGUGGCAAAAGUAUGUGAUCCUCUAGGAUUAGCAGUUAGUUUGAAGGUGAAAUUAGAGUCAGGUGUUUUCAGUCAAUGGGAUGACAAUCAGGUGUGAGUGGGCACCCGGUGUUAUUUAAAGAACAGGGAUCUAUCAAAGUCUGCUCUUCACAACACAUGUUUGUGGAAGUGUAUCAUGGCACGAACAAAGGGGAUUUCUGAGGACCUCAGAAAAAGAGUUGUUGAUGCUCAUCAGGCUGGAAAAGGUUACAAAACCAUCUCUAAAGAGAUUGGACUCCACUAAUCCACAGUCAGACAGAUUGUGUACAAAUGGAGGAAAUUCAAGACCAUUGUUACUCUCCCCAGGAGUGGUCGACCAACAAAGAUCACUCCAAGAGCAAAGCGUGUAAUACUCGGCAAUGUCAUAAAGGACCCCAGGGUAACUUCUAAGCAACUGAAGGCCUCUCUCACAUUGGCUAAUGUUCAUGUUCAUGAGUCCACCAUCAGGAGAACACUGAACAACAAUGGUGUGCAUGGCAGGGUUGCAAGGAGAAAGCCACUGCUCUCCAAAAAAAAACAUUGCUGCUCGUCUGCAGUUUGCUAAAGAUCACGUGGACAAACCAGAAGGCUAUUGGAAGAUUGUUGUGUGGACGGAUAAGACCAAAAUAGAACUUUUUGGUUUAAAUGAAAAGUGUUAUGGUUGGAGAAAUGAAAACACUGCAUUCCAGCAUAAGAACCUUAUCCCAUCUGUGAAACAUGGUAGUGGUAGUAUCAUGGUUUGGGCCUGUUUUGCUACAUCUGGGCCAGGACGGCUUGCCUUCGUUGAUGGAACAUUGAAUUCUGAAUUAUAUCAGAGAAUUCUAAAGGAAAAUGUCAGGACAUCUGUCCAUGAACUGAAUCUCAAGAGAAGGUGGGUCAUGCAGCAAGACAACGACCCUAAGCACACAAGUCGUUCUACCAAAGAAUGGUUAAAGAAGAAUAAAGUUAAUGUUUUGGAAUGGCAAGUCAAAGUCCUGACCUUAAUCCAUUCGAAAUGUUGUGGAAGGACCUGAAGCGAGCAGUUAAUGUGAGGAAACCCACCAACAUCCCAGAGUUGAAGCUGUUCUGUACAGAGGAAUGGUGCUAAAAUUCCUCCGAGCCGGUGUGCAGGACUGAUGAACAGUUACCGGAAACAUUUAGUUUGCAGUUAUUGCUGCAAAGGGGGGGUCACAACAGAUACUGAAAGCAAAGGUUCACAUACUUUUGCCACUCACAAAUAUGUAAUAUUCGAUCAUUUUCCUUAAUAAACAAAUGACCAAGCAUAAUAUUUUUGUCUCAUUUGUUUAACUGGUUUCUCUUUAUCUAUUUUUAGGACUUGAGUGAAAAUCUGAUGAUGUUUUAGGUCAUAUUUAUGCAGAAAUAUAGAAAAUUCUAAAGGGUUUACAAACUUUCAAGCACAACUGUACUAGAAGAUUUUUA